AUGAGCGUCCCCAACAACUUUGAGGGUUUCCAGGCACCCAAUGCCGAGAACUAUCUCGACUUCCAAAAGGGCUCUUGGGAGCCUCGUCCUUUUGGCGACCACGAUGUUGAUAUCAAGAUUGAGUGCUGCGGUGUCUGCGCCAGUGACUUGCACACCAUCAGCGGCGAAUGGGGCGGUUGCCCGUACCCUCUGGCCGUGGGCCACGAAGUCGUGGGUAAGGUCCUGCGCGUCGGCUCCAAGGUGACGUUAGCCAAGGAGGGUGAUCGUGUCGGUGUUGGUGCCCAGGUCUACUCGUGCCUCGAAUGCCGUCAGUGCAAGAACAACAACGAGAACUACUGCCAGCACCAGAUUGACGCCUAUGGCGCCAAGUACCUGGAUACUGGCUUCACCACACAAGGUGGCUACUCGUCGCAUACUCGAAUCCACGAGUACUGGGUCUACCCCAUUCCCGAGGCAUUGUCGAGUCCCGAUGCGGCGCCAAUGCUGUGCGCCGGCAUCACGGUCUUCUCUCCACUGAAGCGAUUUGGCGCGGCACCCGGCAAGAAGGUGGGCAUUGUCGGUAUCGGUGGUCUGGGCCACUAUGGUGUCUUGUUUGCCAAGGCUCUCGGUGCUGAAGUCUGGGCCAUUUCGCGGACUCGCAGCAAGGAGGCUGAUGCACGCAAGAUGGGCGCCGAUGGCUUCAUUGCCACAAACGAAGAGGGCUGGGCCGAGCCUCACAAGAUGACCUUUGAUCUCAUCGUCAACACGGCCAGCUCGACUGACGGUUUCGCGCUCAAGGAGUACCUGAGCCUGCUCGAUAUCCAUGGCCGCUGGAACUCGGUCGGUCUGCCUGCGGGCGAGGGUGCUGCUAUUCGCAACCAGGACUUUAUCACCAACGGCUGCUUCAUUGGUACGUCGCACAUUGGUAGCCGAAGCGAAAUGCUGGAGAUGCUGCAGCUUGCCGCGGAUAAAGGCAUCAAGUCGUGGGUUGAGCAGAUUCCUCUGUCCAAGGAGGGUCUGCAGCAGGCGAUGAAGAAUAUCGAGACGAGCACUGUUCGUUACCGUACAUGCAUGGUCAACUAUGAUGAUGCUUUUGGCAACUAG